UAUUGUUCUUUUGGUAGCUGGGUGCGAACAUGUAACAACAAGAAGAAAAUCUGGACGCUUUCGGCUGAAGGAUAAAAAAAAUUAAACUUUCUGUGUAAUUUAGAUGCGGUUAAUAGUAUGCUGUUUUUAUACCAAAUCCACCAGUUUCUGUUUUUAGACACAUAGUUCAAAUGAGUCAUAAUAACAUCUCCAUUUUCUGCAGAUGGUUUGUUAUAAUAGCCACUAAUAAUGGGUAUGAAAUGUGAAAGUUUGACCUUCCAAAAUGUGGAGAGAGGUCAUAAGAAGAUAUUGUUGGAUGGAAGAAAGUUAUCCAGCUUGCCAAAAGAGUUGUUUACAGCUACAAUUAUUUCAUCGUUAACCCUUUUGGAUAUCAGUAAUAACAAGUUGUUAGAAUUACCAACGGAAAUUAAAACCCUAAAAAAACUCAAUUAUUUAUACAUUAAUGGAAAUCAGCUGUCAAAACUGGACAGUAAUCUCAGUUGCCUGACAAAUCUAAAAGUGCUUGAUCUGUCCCGUAAUGCUAUUAGUAACAUUCCAGAUAGUUUUCGGAAUUUUGGAGAGCUUGAAUAUUUAAAUUUGUCUGGAAACUGUAUUAAAAUUUUACCAUUAUUUGUUAUUUCCCUGCCAUCCCUAAAAAAGCUAUUUCUUGUUCGAAAUCCAAAACUUCAGAACAUACCAAAAGAUGUUGCUCUAGCUGGAUUAGAAGCAAUACGAAUUUAUUUCAACAUUACUGGACUAUGUGGUAAUAAAAAGAUAUGUAAUAAAUCUUUUGCUGAAAUUUCUUUUACAGACUGUGUUUUCACAAGGAAUACUUCAAUAUUUGAAGGCCUUGUGAAACUCUUUGCAGAACAAAUGAAGUUGACAAGUGAUUUCAGACAUCAAAUACUGUCCAGAAAACUACCUCCUGACAAUAACUUUGAUCAAUCUAACAAGAAAACAGAGAUACCUUCUCACAAAUGUCACGAAAAAGAAAUUUUUUGCAAUAAUUGCAACAGGGAAAACAAAAUAUACAGGCAAUUAUCGCAUACCUCUGAAUAUGGGUCUAUGACUGAAUGCCCUGAUGUAGGGAAAUAUAUUGUGUGCCCUUCGAUUGACAGCUGUGAUGGAAAUACUGGAAGUUUCACAUCUGAAUAUGACAUUAACAAUGAAACAUUUUCUAGUAUUGAAAGCGAAAAAGAUGUGGAAGAGGAAAAGGAACUUGUUAGUAAUUUUGAAUACCACUUCUACAUUGAUGCUUUUCAAGAUGUAGUUAUCAUAAACAAAGGAAUAAAGCUGACCAUUCCAAAACGCAACAUAUCAGGGCAUUCUGCAGAUUUAUUUGAUAUUGACGUGAUCAGUGAUGACAAAUACAAACCAAACCUUGAUUCUUGGUCAGUGCUUGCCAGCAACAUUGUACACCUUGGUCCACAUGGAACAAAAUUCUACACACACAUGCCAGCAACUGUUAAAAUACCUAUAAGUGUGUGUAUUGAGCCGGGUGAUAAUAUCAAAUGUUACACAAGUGACACAGAUAUUGAUGAGCCAACUGACUGGGAGGUAUUUGUACCAAAAAAUCUUCACAUUGCUGGAUCAUACGUUCAGUUUGAAGUAACCCAUUUUUCUUUAUUUGCUGUUGUCGUUACAAGACCUAGACCAAAAACCCAUCAAAAGAUAACAUCAAAUGGAGGAGAUGUUUUGCUUCGAAAUGAAAAGGAUGCAAUAAAAGUACAUUUUCCUUCACAUGCUUUCCUUGUUGAAGAGAUUUGUGCAUCAAUAGAAUUGUUAUAUUAUGAUACGUUUUAUGUAUCAACUGAAUUGUUUGCAACAGACAUGCAUGCAUUAGCUGGGCCUGUAAUUUCACUUGGUCCUGAUGGAUGCCAAUUUAAUGCAAAUGUCAGUGUCACAAUCCCUUUGCCAAAAGGUAAAGAAUUUCUUGAAUGGCAUAGUAAUCCAUCUCUGCUGUUCAUGUGUAGCCAAACUACUGUUGGCUGCAAACCAGAUUGGCAGAUGUUUGUACCUGAUCAUACCAUUAACUGGGAUACCAACCCAUGCACUGUGACAUUUGAAGUGAAUCACUUCACUAUGUUUUCAGUGUUUUGGAAUGUUCUAGAUGCAACUUUACCAGAACAUUUGAAACUGCAUGCUUCAUCUCAUGUACCACAUUUUAGUUUCUGGGUUUACUAUCAAGCCUUCAUGACUGAUUGCAACGUCAACAAACAGUUCGGGUUGUGUGUUAUGUGUCAUCGACUUGGGAAUCAAACGAUUCAUGGAUUACAUCAGUACCCUUGUGAAGUGGGCUGCUGUAAACCGCGAAAAAUGAAAACUGGAAAGUUUGAUAUACAAUUGAAAUCUGGUAUGUUUGAAGCUGAUCAAUCAGUAGGCGAAUCCUUAGAACUUUCAAAAGUGGUUGACUUCGCUGGACAUGAUUUGGAUAUUCACUUUGCAUGUAAGUUUAACACAAAUCCUGUGCCUGAAGUGGGUUUAUUUGGUAAAGUGGAGAUUUCACCAUUGCCAGAAGAGGAUGGGGAGCAGUUUUCCUUCAACCUUAUCAAGAGUGUUCAAAAUAAUAAAUCGAAUGAAUUAGGAAGUAAAAAGUCACCAACAGAGUGGGAGAGUAAAGUUACGAAGGAGCUGGCAGGCAUGCUCAGCAUUGAUGAUCACAUGUGGAGAGAGCUGGCUCUUGCUCUUGGUUACAAUCGCCUUGAGAUUCAAACAAAAUUUUCUGCACAGCUUGAACCAAUCCAUGAAAUGUUGGCCGAUUUUAUGAGUCGUGGAGGUACACCUGAUGAAUUUACGUCUGCCAUGUAUAAAGUGGCCAGGAUGUUCAAACUGGUUCCGUUGAACGAGAUGAGAGAAAAUCAAGAAAACAGAAGAUUGGAAGCCAUGCAAAGAAAGCAACAGAUGUCUGAAGAACAACCUGGAUUUUGUGUAUCGAAUGUUAGCCUUAAAAACAAUAUGGGAAAACGAAAGAGUGACGCUUUGUAUUCUAAAGAACCGUUGAGUGAAUCGAAAUUCGAUGACAUUGCAGCGGAAAUUUCUAAAUCUUGGAAGUCAAUUGGUCGUAAGCUAAAUGUUUCCGAACCGGAAUUGCGCGAAAUCGAAUUAAAUUAUCAACAUUCUGGUGAGAAAGAAAAGGCCUUUCAAAUGUUAAUCGCGUGGCGUGAAAGAGACCCCGAUAAUUGUGUUUCGGGGACUUUGUUCACUGUACUUCACAACUCCGGAUUGAAAUAUACUGCCAGUAAAUGCAUGCAGUGAAGGGGUCUGCUUGACGCACAAUAGUUUGGUUCUAUCAGCAUAGAAAGGGUGUGUGUUUUAUAAUUUUUAUAUCACACCAGGGCGAUAUAUAGUAAAUCAGAAUGUGCAACGACUGUAACAUUUAUGGCAGAUGUUUAAAGGAGUUGUGAAGAGAAUAUUUAAUGUACAUAGGGAUAUAUUUUGUUUUGUUAAAGUAAUUUUAUUAACUAUAGCUGCAGAGACAAUGCUAAAAGAUUGUAAUGUAAAAACAGUAUGAAGUAAAAAGACGUAUAAUCAAGAACGAAAAACAUUUUUUGCUCAACGCUUUAAAAAUACAGACCAGAAUGUUCUUUUUAUGCGACGUGUAUGACAUGCUGUGCAUUGUCUAUACUGCUGGUCAGUAAAAUACACGAGGUAUAAAAAGAAAUAUCAAUUUAUAGAACUUAUGUCAUCUGAUAGCACUAUUUAUCCGACGAAGUCGAUGAUUUAAUAACCUUUUUAUAUAUUUGUAUUUAUUGAUUAAUUUAUCUAUUUAUGAAGCAAGAUAAUUUUUUAAGUAUUCCCGACUAUGUCGAUGAUUUAGAAAAGCAAAGCAGAUAUGACUCUGUUAAUUUAUUUGUAUAUAAUACGAAUUAUUUUACUUAUUGGCAACCACAAUUUCAUACAGUUUUACCGUUUGUAUAUUUUUGUCCAACAAAUUAUUUAUUUAUUUUGUACAUAAAAAAGAGAAGUAAUGACUAUUCUGUAAAAAAUGAUGAUUAAAAAAGAAAAGAGAAAUUUAAUGACCAGAUGGGUCAAUGCA